AUGGAACAGGCCACAGAUUCAAGACCAGCACGAGGGUCCACGGCUGGUGAUGUGAGUAGGGUACCGAUGACACAGACGACCGCCGUUGAUGAUGCUUCGUCGCCGGGUUAUAAAAAGAACAGCCUUGAAGGCCCGCAACAAAUGAACAAGCGGAGUUUGGACUAUGUAUUAAGGAGCGGGCUUGCGGGGGGUGUGGCGGGGUGUGCGGCAAAAACAGCAGUUGCGCCGCUUGACCGUGUCAAGAUCCUUUUCCAGGCAUCGAACCCGCAGUUCGCCAAGUAUACAGGCAGCUGGUCUGGCCUGCUAUCCGCAGUUCGAGACAUUAAUCGUCACGAAGGGAGGAGGGGCCUGUUUAAAGGUCAUUCUGCGACACUUCUCCGCAUUUUCCCUUAUGCCGCAAUCAAGUUUCUCGCAUAUGAACAGAUCCGAGCGGUGAUAAUCCCGUCGCGGGACAAGGAAACGCCGUUUCGCCGAUUGAUUUCUGGGAGUUUGGCGGGGAUCACAUCGGUUUUCUUUACGUACCCAUUGGAACUAAUUCGAGUACGAUUAGCGUUCGAGACCAACCGAUCUUCUCGGUCUUCCUUCACGGACAUUUUCCGACAGAUCUACCGCGAGCGGGUUUCGCCGCCUUCCGUACCAAGCGGGCUACCGUCCAGCCAUUCAGCCUCAGCUGCAGCCACUGCCGUGACCGAAGUCUCUGCUGUCGUGAACAAAGUUGUUCCUAGCUCUGGACUGGCGAACUUUUAUCGUGGAUUUGCGCCUACCCUCAUGGGAAUGCUUCCCUAUGCGGGAAUGUCGUUCCUUACACACGACACUGUUGGUGACUGGCUUCGGUCACCGGCACUCGCGCAAUACACAACUAUUCCAGGAUCUGAGGCACAGUCCAAGAAAGGAUCGCAUCGAACUCAACUGACCGCUGCGGCGGAACUUUUCUCUGGGGCCUUUGCCGGUCUUGUCUCUCAGACGUCAUCCUAUCCGCUAGAGGUCAUCCGGCGGCGGAUGCAAGUAGGAGGAGUAGUGGGCGAUGGCCAUCGACUAGGAAUAGCCGAGACGGCCCGGACGAUCUGGUUCGAGAGAGGCUUCCGGGGGUUCUGGGUGGGCCUGUCUAUUGGAUACCUCAAGAUAAUCCCCAUGACAGCCAUAAGCUUCUUCGUGUACGAGCGGAUGAAGUGGUCCUUGGGCAUUUGA